AAAAUGUUUUUGGUAGAUGAGAUUGAGCAACUAAAGACAACCCUGUUUCCACCAAAUGUCUGUGUUUCCUCUCAGCUAGGCCAUUUUACUGAGGAGUAUGAGGACAAGAUAUGUGAUGCAUCAUAAAGAUGAGUUUGUUAGUGAUAGACUUUGCAAAUUGUAUUUAUCAUGUAAUUUGAAUUAAAAGACUUCAGAGUGGAAGAUCUAGUGUGUGUAAUGCACAAACAUGAGCCAUUUCUUGCAGUAAUCUCAUCACCGAGGUAUGGUACACUUAGUUCCAAGUUAUUCAUAUCAGCAGUGAUAUGAUUUUUUUGCUCCACUAUCAGCAAACCAAGUUUAAUCUUCAUCUGACUUGAAUUCGGCAGCCAUAGCUACCAAUUGAGCUGGUGGGUGUCGUCCUUAAUAAGCAAAAUCCAUUAUGUGAAAACAAUCAAGAGCUCGAUAUCCUUGCUUACCACAACUCUGACAAGUUGGUCUGCUGUUGGCUAGAAAGGUAGAAGAGCCACUGCCUGGAUUUUGUGAAGGAUUCUUCUUCUGAUUUGAUGGAGAACCUAUAAGCUGUUCAGCUUGAAACUCAUCAAAGGACCAUUCACUGUGACUGAGUGGCCACUGUAUAAUAUGUGAUAAAAAGGAUGAUAUGAGGGAUUACACCCUGAACUUUUGUUUUAACCAAUUUACUACUUUUAACUUUGCACUGUGCCAAAUUAGUACUUCAGUUAGUUUGGCAUUAAAAACUAACGGACUAGUCCCGUGAGACACGCAUGAACAUAUAUAAACAUUAUCUGAAACCAGUGGAAAGGAGAGAGAAGCCUGCGUUCAGUUUAGAGAUAGAAAGAGACCUAGGAGAGAGAGAAAGAGAGGAUCCCUCUCAAUCCAACCGCACCAUCCCUCAAUCUUGCCACUGAUCUCGCCUUUUUUUAAUCUCAAAGUAUCUGAAUUUCUUUGUCCCGUUGCAGUUUGUGGGUUCAAUUUUCUACACAAAAAUCGUCGUUCAAGGGGUUCAUGGUCAGUUGGUCACUCUAUUAGCAACUAGGAGUAGAAGGUGUUAAGCCUAUUUAAAAGGUGUUAUUGAAGAAGUGUGAGAAGGAAGGUUUUGUAUCAGAGGUUGAGUAUAUGACUUGAAAAAACAAAAAAAGAAAAACUGAGGAGAUCCUCUCUCCCUCUCAACUGAAUGCAGAAUGGCUGGGACAAGAUUAGUCCAAUGGUUGAAUAUUCUAGUAUGGGCACUAGUACUGCUCAAAACAGAAGGUGCUAAUGUAUCAAUUACUAUUGUUGAGGAUGCGGUGGCAAAAGGAGCUGUUUGUCUGGAUGGAAGUCCGCCAGCUUAUCACUGGGAUAAGGGAUUUGGUGCAGGAAUUAACAAUUGGUUGGUUCACAUUGAGGGAGGUGGCUGGUGCAACAAUGUCACCCUCUGUCUUAAUCGUUCAGAAACUCGUUUAGGUUCAUCUAAGCAUAUGGACAAGGCAGUUGCUUUCACUGGGAUUCUGAGUAGAGUCCAAAAUUAUAAUCCUGACUUCUACAACUGGAAUAGAAUUAAGAUUAGAUACUGUGAUGGGGCAUCAUUUACUGGUGAUGUAGAAGCAGUCGAUCCAGCUACUAAUCUUCACUUCAGAGGAGCAAGAAUUUGGCCUGCAGUAAUUGAGGACCUAUUAUCAAAAGGAAUGAAAGAUGCAAAAAAUGCUUUUCUUUCUGGUUGUUCUGCUGGUGGAUUGGCUUCUAUUUUGCAUUGUGAUAGCUUCCGAGCUCUCAUACCUAGUGGUGCUACAGUUAAAUGCCUAUCAGAUGCUGGUUACUUCAUCAAUGUGAAAGAUAUUUCUGGAGCACAACACAUUGAAGAAUUCUACAGUCAAGUAGUUGCAACGCAUGGUUCAGCAAAGAAUUUGCCUUCAUCAUGCACUUCAAAAAUAAAACCAGAGUUGUGUUUCUUUCCCCAAAAUGUGGCACAUGAAAUUAAAACACCAAUAAUUUUUGUAAAUGCAGCCUAUGAUUCAUGGCAGAUUAAAAACAUUUUGGUACCAACUAUAGUUGAUCCUCAUGGCACCUGGCAUAAUUGCAGACGUAAUAUAAAGAAGUGCUCGGACGAUCAAAUUCAAACCAUGCAAGGUUUUAGGCUUGACUUCUUAAAAGCAUUGGAAAACACUGGCAACUCUUCAUCUAAGGGACUAUUUAUCGACUCUUGCUAUGACCACUGCCAAACCGAAUUGCAGGAGACAUGGUUAUUUGAUGAUUCUCCAUUGCUGGCUAAAACAACAAUUGCAAAGGCUGUUGGAGACUGGUAUUAUGACCGAAGGCCCUUCCAAAAGAUAGAUUGCCCUUAUCCUUGCAACCCCACUUGCCACAACCUUGUUACCGUUUUACAAGAACACCCAGAUCUAUAGAUUAAUGUCAAAAUUUAUCAUUUAUAUGAAUGAUAGUUAUAGGUAAAAUAAGCUUUGAUAAGAAAUAAGGAAAAUAAAAUUAAUGAUUUAUCAAGUCUUCAAAAUAAGAAAAAGGCACCACUGCACCAAAUGGUGUUCUAGGUGUCUUUCCCCAUUGCUUAUGUAUUCAACACUUAAUCAAGAAUUUUUUUUUUUUUUUUUGAUACAUUCAAUGUUGAUUCUAUUAUGAGCAUCAAUAUCAUAUUGCAAAGGAAUUCUACUCUGAGCAUCUAUAUGUGUAUAAUAAACAAUUUCACGUUGGAUGAGAUGUGAACUCAAUAGUCAUUAUUGGAAGA